AUGAACUUCACCACCAGCCACCCAGUCACCUACAAUGACAGCUUUUCUACAGUGGACAACAUUAGCAGCACCACUGAGUACUACGACUACUUUGACUACGAGUCUACUGGAGUUGGUGACCUGUGUUACUAUGAGCGAUUUGACGCCCAUUUCAUUCCUCCUUUCUUUGUCGUUUUCUUCCUCCUGGGCCUUGUUGGGAACUCCCUGGUGAUCUGGGUCAUCGCUUGCGGAGUGCGACUCCGCACCAUGACAGAUGUGUGCCUGUUUAACUUGGCCCUCGCUGACCUCCUCCUGGUGUGCACCCUCCCCUUCCUGGCUCACCAGGCCAGGGACAGUUGGGUGUUUGGAGAUGGGAUGUGCAAGCUGGUCCUGGGUGUAUAUUACAUCGUCUUUUACUGUGGAAUCUUUUUCAUAUGUCUGAUGAGCGUUGACCGCUACUUGGCGAUAGUUCACGCCGUUUAUGCCCUAAAGGCGCGGACGAAGUCCUUUGGUGUAACGGCAGCGGCUAUCACAUGGGUGUUGGGAUUUAUUGCCUCCUUUCCCGAUUUAGUCUUCCUCAAACAGCAAACUUCUCUCAACGGCUCUGCAUUCUGCUCACCUGACUUCCCCCGACAGGAGGGAAAUUAUUCCAGUCUUCACAUGUGGAUAGUCUUUGGUAUCUUCAAAAUGAACAUUUUGGGUCUGUUCCUGCCGAUUGUCAUCAUGGUUUUCUGCUACUCUCAGAUCGUCUGGAGGCUGAUGUUCAGCCACUCCUCCAGGAGGCAGGCCAUCCGUUUAGUUUUCCUAGUGGUGGCGGUCUUUUUCUGCUGUUGGGUUCCUUACAACGUCUCAGCAUUCUUCAAAGCUCUGGAGCAUCUGGGGGUCUACACAGCGUGCGACAGCAGCAAGGCCAUCAGAGUGUCUUUACAGGUCACCGAAGCCAUCGCCUACUCUCACAGCUGCCUCAAUCCAUUCCUGUACGUGUUUGUCGGGGAGAAGUUCAGGAGGCAGCUGCUGAGGCUGAUAAAAAGAUCUCCAUGCCAUCUGUGUCAAGUCAUCAAGUUGUACAUACCCCAGGACAUGUUGGCUACAUCAGUGUACUCGCAAACCACCAGUGUGGACGAAAGAAGCACCAAUGUGUGAUCUGGGACUACGAAAGAGGCACUUCUUUGUUUUCUG